UACUGGUAUCUUCAUCUUAAUAUCUUCAUUCAUAGCUACGUGGGAUGUCCGUGUGCCUUUGUGUCUUAUUAUUUUUUACUCCCGCUCUUAUUAUUAUUGGCUGUAUGCAACUCUCGUACGGAUGAUUUAAUGCCUCCAUCGAAACAGAGCUCCUCCCUUUGCUCUUUGAAAAUCCUGCGGUGAAAGGAGAAAUUAGACAAAGUCACAGUCAAAUAAAUACAGACUUUUAAAUUGACUACCUCAUAUUAUUUCAUCACAAUUGCUGUGAGGUGGUUUGCCAGAACCACUGGCCACUCUGGGUUUACAGUAAAGGACCCAGAGACUUGAGUGGGCUGUGGGUAAUCGCUGGCUCACGACAUCAGGAUUUCCAGGGUUCCCAGGCUCCCGUUCCCCUCCCUCCUCCGCUCCUCCUCUGCAGCUGGUCCUGCUGUGGGACUUACAGGAGGAGCAGCUGUCAGUGCCUGCUCCUGAGCGUGCGGUCCACUCUGUGACGCCGCGGCGCAAUCAAACAGCCGGGUGACUUUAGGACCCAGUGAGAGACACCUACAGGGGGUGCGGCAACAUUUUCAUUAUGACCACAGAACCUGUUGGUUUACUCUGGCUUCCUCUCAGACAAAUCUGAAUAGUUCCCUCACAACAGUUCCUUGAUGGGAGCAUCGCAAUAGAGAAGUGCUCUGAGCGGCGGCGGCGGCGGCGACACCCGGACCUCCCUCCAUGACUUGAGGCACGACGACCUCUGUGACCUGACAUGAAAGGAGCCACAUCCCGGCCAGUGAACAGCCAGUCAUGGAGGAGCAGCAGGCCUGGAUACUGAGGGGUUUCCUGCUCCAGCUGGAGACACAGGAGGCCGCGGAUGAGGAGGCACCGAACGGCUUUGCCGGGGAGUUCGCCAGAUUGAAAAUCCAGUCGACCAGGUAUCGUAUGGAGAAGACCUUCCCCACCAAGACGGCAGAAAAACAGGACAACAUCAAGAAGAACCGAUACAAGGACAUUGUUCCCUUUGACCACAGCAGAGUGAGGCUCACUCUCACCACGGCUGAAAAUGACACGGACUACAUCAACGCCAGUUUCAUCGAGGGAGAGUCAGGUCCCCGGGCGUACAUUGCCACUCAGGGUCCUCUGCCCCACACUGUGCUGGACUUCUUGAGGAUGCUAUGGGAAUACGACGUAAAGGUGGUAGUGAUGGCCUGUCGCGAGUUUGAGAUGGCAAAGAAAAAGAGUGAACGCUACUGGCCACAGAAACAAGAGCAGCCGUUUGUUUGUGAGCCUUUCACAGUUUACUGUGAUUCUGAGGAAAAUAAAGGAGAUUAUUUGACAAGGAUGUUAAGGUUGACUCACCGCAAUUGUAGCCGAACUUUGACACAGCUGCACUAUGUGAACUGGCCGGAUCACGGCGUGCCAGACGCCAUCCCUCCCAUUCUGGAAAUGUUGCAGGAGAUGCGUUCCUACCAGGACCACGGCGACGUCCCGAUCUGCAUCCACUGCAGUGCUGGCUGCGGCAGAACAGGAGCCCUGUGUGCCAUCGAUUACACCUGGAACCUGUUGAAGAAGCAGAUGAUCACUCCAGAUUUCAACAUCUACGACUUGGUUAAGAACAUGAGAACCCAGAGGCCGUCGGUGGUUCAAACCAAGGAACAGUAUGAGCUGGUGUACAGAACCAUCAAGUUACUCUUUCAGAGACAUCUGCAGUCCAUGGAUGCACAGAAAUGCAAAAAUGAGGUGACAAUGGUCCCGUGUGCUGUCACGCCUGGCGCCGGGUACAAGCUCCUGGAUCCGAGCCCGGAGUUGGUUUUGCUGCCAAAGUUGCGGCACCUGCGGGAUGAGGAGAGGGAAGAUGCACCACCACCACCACCACCACCACCCCACCCGCCUUUGCCCCAGGCGUCAGAGCUCCUCGCAUUGCAAGCCAAUGACGCGCCGAUGGAGCGGCAACAAGGGCACCUGCUCCGGGCCUCUCCUGACACGGCGGUCACCAGCCAGGUCCUGCAGCAGCAGGGACCCAGGACCUCGCCCGCACUGGUGCACGCGAGCCAGGGAGCGGCUGCGGCGCGGGAGAGCGAGAGCGUCCCAUCACCAAACCCUCUGCCCUCACCAGCUGUGGCAGAAGCCAUGUGUGCGAUGGUGGAGGACCCUUACUUCGACACCUUUAUGAGCUCCCCGUCGCCAGAGGCGGUGCCCGCGGACUCCACCGAGGACACCAACCAGCCGACAGUCGGCCCGGUCUUCGGCGCACCCUCGCCGCCGCUGAACGACCGGACUCCGCGGCACAUCCCUCGUGGCUCAGAUGCCGCUGAAGCUCACGCAGACGAGGAGGCACCUCCACCGCUUCCCGAACGAACCCCUGAAUCCUAUGUUCUGGCCGUGGACACAGAUCCCUCCGAUCGUCUGUCGGUCAUCAUCCCACCUAAUGCUGCUGCUGAGGCUGUCAGGGGGUUAGGAGGCAGCCCCCCGUCGCCUGUCCCCCCACUUCCAGAGAGAACCCCAGAGUCAUUUGAGCUGGAUGUAGAUCAAGCUACCGCGGAGCACAUCGUGAAGGUCAGGCCGGUGGUGAUUCUGAACCGAAUAGGAACGUCCUCAGAAUGGUCGGGUUACUCAGAGCCGGCUGCCGGUGCAGCCCAGCGCGAGACGACACCUUGGGUGAGGAGCAAGAGUCAGAAGGUAAAAAUGACUUUCACAGCUGCAGACAGCCCGACUCCCUCCCUCCCUGACAGAACCCCCGAGUCCUUCAUCCUCAAAGCGGACACGACAGCUCCAGAGGAAACCUCUGCCUUCUGCCUGCCGCCCAUGGAGACGCGACGGGCCUCACCGAGGGCGGGCCGGUCCCACGAGUGGGACGGCAACUCUCAGCCCAAGAAAUUCCUCGACGUUGUCAUGAGCAGAAGCAAGAGUGUUCGGGCCAAAGGUUCCAGGCAAGAGCCCCUCACUGCAGCUUGGCAGCUGGCUCCGCCCACUGUGGUCGUGACUGGAGCAGGAAGUGCUCAAGCGGAACAGCACGAUGUGAACUGCGGGCCCUCGCUGGGCGCCGAGACGCCAGGAAACAACGCGGGCCGAGGCCACGAGAAGGGGAUGUCAAGAACAAGGAGUCUGAAGUUUUUUAGACACAAGCAAAAAUCCCCCGUGGCCCCUCCAACACUUCUGAAUCAACCGGCAGCACCACCUCCGACCUCAUCGUCACUGUUCAACUUCGGAUUUGGAAACCGGUUCAGGAAGCCAAAAGGCCCCCGGAGUUACCCGGAGAGCUGGUUUUGAUGCCGCCGCUCCGCUCCAGACAUCGGAGGUGGAGGUUUUUCUCCCGACAAUGAGAAUCAUAAUGAGACUUGCAUUGCUGAAGGACUUUGGGACGUUUCAGAAGAAACGCACCCAAGGUCGGCUGUCUUGCAGAGCACAGUGGCGCCCCCGGCAGGGGACAAACAGGAAGUGCCUCGUCACCAGCCUCAUGCCUUUUGCACUGCGUACGAACAACGUGGCCGCUCGCACCGAUGGCUUGAACAUUUAGUAAAAGACUCAGGAGUGUCUCUAUCGAAUAAUGUGCAGUCUUUCUUAAUAUUUACUAAACUAUAUAUGUUUACACAUAUCAAUAUAUAUUUAGUUUUGUGUGUGUGUGUUUGUGCUUUUGGCAUGACAUAAGAAAACGGGUAAAACAGGACAUCACUUUUUUUAAAAAUGAUUUUAAAAGCAUCUUCUUUUAAAAGAAACCAAACAUGUGAAAAAUGGUAUAUCUUGAGGUACAGCGAAUGUGAUGCAUAUUGAAUAUGCACAUGAAUGUAACUGCACAUUUAAACUGUCUGACAUGAACUGGUUACACACAAAAGUAUUUAUUAAAAAAAUAAUAUAAAUAUAUAGAAAGUCAA